UCCCAAGGCACCCUUUUAAAAUUUGGACAGUCAAUAGGCACCCUUUAAAACUUUGGACAGUCCCAAGGCACCCUUUAUAAUUAUGGACAGUCCUGAGGCACCCUUUAUAAUUAUGGACAGUCCUGAGGCACCAUUUAAAAUUAUAGACAGUCCCAGGCACCCUUUAAAAUUAUGGACAGUCCUGAGGCACCCUUUAAAAUUAUGGACAGUCCCAAGGCAGGUCAGACACCUUUAAAAUUAUGGACAGUCCCAAGGCACCCAUUAAAAUUAUGGACAGUCCCAAGGCACCCUUUAAAAUUAUGGACAGUCCCGAGGCACCCUUUAAAAUUAUGGACAGUCCCAAGGCACCCUUUAAAAUUAUGGACAGUCCCAAGGCACCCUUUAAAAUUAUGGACAGUCCCGAGGCACCCUUUAAAAUUAUGGACAGUCCCAAGGCACCCUUUAAAAUUAUGGACAGUCCUGAGGCACCCUUUAAAAUUAUGGACAGUCCCAAGGCACCCUUUAAAAUUAUGGACAGCCCCGAGGCACCCCAUUCUAAAAUGUGAAAAACUAUUCUAGAAGUUUUAUAUAACGCAGCAACAUCCACACUUGUAGGACACCCAACAUUAGAGGUCAGUUAUUCUUCCAAAGCACAAUUUUGCACACUGGUACUGAG